UCUCUCUCUCUCUCUCUAUCUCUGACCAUAGUCGCCAUCCCCAUCUCACCCGCGACGAUCUCGAUCUCGAUCUCCAGCUCAGUCUCACUAUGCUCGCCUCGCGAUCCUUCAAGCGCCGGCCUCCAGCCUCCUCCCCCCUCAUCCGCCGCCUCUCAGCUCGCCGCUUCUCUACCCAACCGCAGCCCGAUCCUUCCCCUCCUCCGCCUCCACCGGUCCCCAUCAUCGCCGCGGCUGAUCGGCGCCGCGCAGGCCUUGCCUCCGGCUCGCUCUUGCAGUUCCUCUCCAGCAUUGCCUUGGGCUCCGGCCUCGGGGUCGCGUACUGGCACUGCGCUUCCGAGGGCGACGGUUUGAAGCCGUUCGUGGCCUUCGCCGACUCGUCGACGACGCCCGCUGCUGAAUCUGCGGUCGACGAUCGCCGGUCGCGGUCGCGGUCGCUGUUCCGGAAAUUGUCUUUUCCUGAUUAUAGCCCCAAGUAUCUUUUUGGAGAUGAGUAUAGGAGGAGGGUCUUCUUCAACUAUGAGAAGCGAAUCCGGUUGCGAAGUCCUCCUGAGAAGGUUUUUGAAUAUUUUGCAUCUUUCCGAACCCCAGAAGGAGAAACACUCAUGAAACCAGCAGAUUUAAUGCGUGCAGUUGUUCCUGUUUUCCCUCCUUCUGAAUCACACCUGGUUCGAGAGGGGUAUUUGAUAGGAGAGAGGAAUCCUGGGGAGCUACGAUGUGCUCCAUCGGAAUUCUUUAUGCUUUUUGAUGUCAACAAUGAUGGACUCAUAUCGUUUAAAGAGUACAUAUUUUUUGUAACACUACUCAGUAUCCCAGAAUCAAGCUUCUCAGUCGCAUUCAAAAUGUUUGACAUAGACCAUAGCAGGGAGAUAGACAAGCAAGAAUUUAAGAAAGUGAUGUCUCUGAUGCGAGCUCACAACCGACAAGGGGCACAACAUAGGGAUGGACGUCGAACUGGAUUAAAAGCUAGGGGUUCUGUUGACGAUGGUGGCCUGGUUGAGUACUUCUUUGGCAAAGAUGGGAAGGAAUGUCUUCAGCAUGAUAAAUUUGUCCAGUUCAUGAGAGAUUUGCAUGAUGAGAUGCUUAAUUUGGAGUUCGCUCAUUAUGACUACAAACAGAGGGGAACCAUAUCUGCUAAAGAUUUCGCAUUGUCCAUGGUUGCUUCUGCUGACAUGAAACAUUUGCACCGUUUGCUGGAUCGAGUUGAUCUAUUAGACAAAGAACCGCAUCUUACAAAUUUGCGUAUUUCACUAGAGGAAUUUAAGAAGUUUGCAGACCUACGCAAAAAAUUGCAGCCAUUUUCCUUGGCCCUUUUCACUUACGGAGAAGUAAAUGGUUUACUCACUAGAAAAGACUUUCAGCGAGCUGCCUCUCAUGUUUGUGGCAUCUCGCUCACGGAUAAUGUCGUUGAGCUCAUUUUCCACGUGUUCGACUUAAAUCAGGAUGGAAACUUAAGUGCAGAGGAAUUUGUUAGAGUUCUUCGCAGACGGGAAAAGGACAUUGCAAAGCCAGAAGGCGAUGGUCUCAUGGGGUUGCUGUCUUGUUGCCACCAGUGUGGAAACAAAUACACGAUCGAGCGCGUGCUUUCUUGAGUGUUGUCUCAGGUGCAUGGUCCCGUAUAAUUAAUCUUAUGUUACGACUUCUCUGUGUUACUGGUUGCUGGAAGUGUUGGCGAGAUUCAAUGAUCCCAUGACUCCUUUCGGAGUGGAGAGAAAUCUCGAACUGCUUAGCAGCUCCAGUGAUCUGAUGCUGAAGAGUGUUGCCUAGCAGCGAGAUACUCAUGAAGGCAAGCAGCAGCUUCCCAUUCUGGAUCCAUUGGGCGUGUCUAAAUAGGAGAGUAGCGGUUCUCAACCGGCACUAGUAGGUGUUAAGUCGAUGACAGCUGGCACGUUUACCCAGGCUUAUGACAGCAAACUGAUACGGUUCACUUCAAAUGUACAAAAAUAUAAUCGAGUAUAACUUCAGACAUUAUACGGAUUUGUUUGAGUUCAUUGGCCUCGCAAACUUUGGAGUAACCAUUGAGAUAAGAUGUGGGCUUGUGAAGCGUUGUGUUGUAGAUAUGUAGGUUUUCUUUUGACGUGAUUGGAGGAUUCUUCUUCCUUU